AUGGCAAGUCGCAUUGGCCGACUCAUUCAUAGUCGAAUCUCUGAAGUGGCCGAGGGCGAUCUUACAGGCUGGGACGGAAACUUUCAGCCGGCGCACCUUGAAUGGGGACAUCGUCCCAGCUUCAACAAACUUAUUCCAAGGUUCAUCGCAAAUAUUGAUCACCGGCUUUGUGCAAACACGACGAGAACCAUAGUGCGCACCCAUGAUGUCGAUUUCUCUGUCUUCUCCACAGAAGAAGUCCAAAACACAGAUAACCACGCUGAUGGCGUUGGUUUCACCUCAAAAGAGGCGGUGAUUGACAUGAACAAUGCAGAGCGCUACGGCCUCGCAAUCACCGAUGAGUACGCUGGGUACUUUUCAUCCAGCGGACUUCGUAACGACGCAAAACUGGAUCUUUCUGAUCCCGAAAACGCUUGUUACGUGGAUGACACCAGCGAAGGGAAAACCAAUCCCUAUCGCGUCCAAGACGCUGUUACCGGCGAGCAGGAAAUAACACAACGCGAAGAUACCAGCGCUCCCAUAGCCAUGACAAACAUCUACCUUCGUCCCGCGGUCAGUGCGGACAUCCGCGGUAUGAAAGCCAUUCUGAAUGGGCAUAUUGCCCGGGGCGUUCGGCCCUCAGAACUGUCAGAAAUCACUGACGACGACAUGCACCAGCGGCUUGAUCUUUCAACCCAAGCUCGCCUACCAUACAUCGCCGCCGUGGAACGGAACCGUAAAAACACCCGCACCAAGUCUCGUAAGGUCCCGAGAGUCAAUCCCAACCAUCCCAUCCAAAAUAUCGACCCUAACUACGAUGGCCUCGUGAAGGAUGAGCCCAUCGGCGGCUGGGCUGCUGCCACAGACUGGUCAGCGUCUGAUUACGUUGAAACCAUCACAGCGGAACUGGAGCUGCAUAUGGCGCCUGGUCACUGCAAAUCAGGUGUGGGACGAUGCUUGAUGGACGCUCUACUGGAUGCUACAGACCGCGGAUACCUGGCACCGGAGAUUUUCGAGUUGCACCGGAGAUAA